GAAAUACAAACAUUUGUAUUAAUUUCUUGGGUAUGGCCUCCAAAUCCCAAGGCCCGACCAUCCUUUUACUUUCCCUCAUUUUCCUAUUCCUUGCCCUUGCUAAUUCUCAAUACGUACCCACCCCAACUCCGUGUACAUGUAUCGAAACUGGCCUACCCCCAUUCUCACCACCUAGCAACACGGGUGGAGGAGACCAACCCCCUAUCCCACCUCCAGGAAGUGGCCAACCCCCUAUUUCUCCUGGUAGUAGUGGAACCCCACCUAUCACACCACCUAGUAAUGAUGGCAUCAUCCAACCCCCUGUCUCACCUCCGGAUAAUGGCCAACCCCCUGUUUCACCUCCAAAUAAUGGUCAACCUCCUGUCUCACCUCCAAGUAAUGAUCAACCCCCUAUCUCUCCUCCAAGUAAUGUCCAACCCCCAUUCUCUCCUCCACAAAAUUCUCAACCCCCUUUAUCGCCUCCAGGUAAUGGUCAACCCCCUAUCUCUCCUGAUAGUGCCCAACCACCUAUCUUACCACCUAGCACUGGCAGUAAUGGUGAACCCCCUAUCUCUCCCGGUAGUAGUGGACAACCAUCUAGCGAUGAUGGCGACACCCAACCCCCUUCACCUCAGGGCAGUGGCCAACCACCCGUCUCACCUACAGUUAGUGGUCAACCCCCUAUAUCACCACCAAGUGUCAGUGGCCAACCCCCUAUUUCUCCUGGUAGUAGUGGAACCCCGCCUAUCACACCACCUAGUAAUGAUAAUAGCACCCGACCCCCUGUCUCACCUGAAAGCAAUAGUCAACCAUCUAUCUCUCCUCCAAGUAAUGACCAACCCCCUGUCUCACCUCCGGAUAAUGGCCAACCCCCUGUUUUACCUCCAAAUAAUGGUCAACCUCCUGUCUCACCUCCAAGUAAUGAUCAACCCCCUAUCUCUCCUCCAAGUAAUGUCCAACCUCCACUCUCUACUCCACCAAAUGCUCAACCCCCUUUAUCACCUCCAAGUAAUGGUCAACCUCCUAUCUCUCCUGAUAGUGCCCAACCACCUAUCUCACCACCGCCCCCUAUCUCUCCCGGUAGUAGUGGACAACCAUCUAGCGAUGAUGGCGACACCCAACCCCCUUCACCUCAGGGCAGUGGCCAACCACCCGUCUCACCUACAGUUAGUGGUCAACCCCCUAUAUCACCACCAAGUGGCAGUGACCAACCCCCUAUUUCUCCUGGUAGUAGUGGAACCCCGCCUAUCACACCACCUAGUAAUGAUAAUAGCACCCGACCCCCUGUCUCACCUGAAAGCAAUAGUCAACCAUCUAUCUCUCCUCCAAGUAAUGACCAACCCCCUGUCUCACCUCCGGAUAAUGGCCAACCCCCUGUUUCACCUCCAAAUAAUGGUCAACCUCCUGUCUCACCUCCAAGUAAUGAUCAACCCCCUAUCUCUCCUCCAAGUAAUGUCCAACCUCCACUCUCUACUCCACCAAAUGCUCAACCCCCUUUAUCACCUCCAAGUAAUGGUCAACCUCCUAUCUCUCCUGAUAGUGCCCAACCACCUAUCUCACCACCACCCCCUAUCUCUCCCGGUAGUAGUGGACAACCAUCUAGCGAUGAUGGCGACACCCAACCCCCUUCACCUCAUGGCAGUGGCCAACCACCCGUCUCACCUACAGUUAGUGGUCAACCCCCUAUAUCACCACCAAGUGGCAGUGGCCAACCCCCUAUUUCUCCUGGUAGUAGUGGAACCCCGCCUAUCACACCACCUAGUAAUGAUAACAGCACCCGACCCCCUGUCUCACCUGAAAGCAAUAGUCAACCAUCUAUCUCUCCUCCAAGUAAUGACCAACCCCCUGUCUCACCCCCGGAUAAUGGCCAACCCCCUGUUUCACCUCCAAAUAAUGAUCAACCUCCUGUCUCACCUCCAAGUAAUGAUCAACCCCCUAUCUCUCCUCCAAGUAAUGUCCAACCUCCAUUCUCUACUCCACAAAAUGCUCAACCCCCUUUAUCGCCUCCAAGUAAUGGUCAACCCCCUAUCUCUCCUGAUAGUGCCCAACCCCCUAUCUCACCUACGGGUAGUGGCCAACCCGCUUUCUCACCUCAAAGUAAUGUUAGCGGUGGUGGCCAACCCUCUAUCGCACCUCCAGGUAAUGGUAAACCCCCUGUCUCACCUCCAGGUAGUAGUCAACCACCUAUCUCACCUUUGGGUAGUGGCCAACCUCCAAUCUCUCCACCGGGUAGUAGCCAACCUCCAUUCUCUCCUCCACAUAAUGCUCAACCCCCUUUAUCACCUCCGGGUAGUGGUCAACCCCCUGUCUCACCUCCAUCAUUUAGUAGUCAACCUCUUAUCUCACCUCCUAAUAAUGGUGGUCGAUCCCCUAUCUCCCCUCCUAAUGACAAUGAUGGUGUGGCCCAACCACCUAUCUCACCACCACCCCCUAUCUCUCCCGGUAGUAGUGGACAACCAUCUAGCGAUGAUGGCGACACCCAACCCCUUCACCUCAUGGCAGUGGCCAACCACCCGUCUCACCUACAUAAUGAUCAACCCCCUAUCUCUCCUCCAAGUAAUGUCCAACCUCCAUUCUCUACUCCACAAAAUGCUCAACCCCCUUUAUCGCCUCCAAGUAAUGGUCAACCCCCUAUCUCUCCUGAUAGUGCCCAACCCCCUAUCUCACCUACGGGUAGUGGCCAACCCGCUUUCUCACCUCAAAGUAAUGUUAGCGGUGGUGGCCAACCCUCUAUCGCACCUCCAGGUAAUGGUAAACCCCCUGUCUCACCUCCAGGUAGUAGUCAACCACCUAUCUCACCUUUGGGUAGUGGCCAACCUCCAAUCUCUCCACCGGGUAGUAGCCAACCUCCAUUCUCUCCUCCACAUAAUGCUCAACCCCCUUUAUCACCUCCGGGUAGUGGUCAACCCCCUGUCUCACCUCCAUCAUUUAGUAGUCAACCCUCUAUCUCACCUCCUAAUAAUGGUGGUCGAUCCCCUAUCUCCCCUCCUAAUGACAAUGAUGGUGGUACUUUGCAACCCCCUAUCUCACCUCCAGGAAAUCGCCAACCUCCUACCUCACCUCCGAGUAAUGGUCAACCCCCUGUUUCACCUUAUUCCAGUAUUGGUGAACCCCCUAUCUCACCUCCUUCCAACGGUGUCAAUGUCACCCAACCCCCUAUCUCACCUCCUUCCAAUGGUGUCAAUGUCACCCAACCCCCUAUCCCACCUCCUAAUAACAGCGGCAGAACAUGCCCAAUAGACAAAAAUGACUUGGGUGUAUGUGCUAUUACACUCAAGGAUAUCGGUUCAAUCUUUCAGGCUGAUCACCAUAUUCCCAUACAGCCUUGCUGCAAAUGUCUUAAAGAGCUGUCUAAUUUCGAAGCUGCUACCUGUCUUUGCACAGCAUCUAAUCUCCUUGCUAAACUUAUCAACAAUCCGAACCUUGCUAUAAAUACUCUUCUCAAGCUGUGCCAAAUGAGGGCUCCAAAGGGUUUCAACUGCAUACCACGUCGCAUGCUUUAG